UGAGCCUGCCUGCCGUGCCUGAUCUGUCGGAGUGCCGUCGGACUGAUCGAAAUUCUCGUGGAAACUCAGAGCUUGAUAUUAAUAGUGGUGGCAUGCCUUCCUCCCGUUCCUCCAUACACAUCUCGCAUUGAUUCAAGUUCUUCUGUGUAUUCCUGGAGUGAUAGCCGUCCUCGACAUUGGCCUCCAUCGUGUUCAUGGCCAUGACAUCGCUACCUGAUCCCGGAAGACCGGGAGUAUGACCGCCUCGUCGUCUUCCGCCUCGUCCAACAUCACGCCUCCGGUCGCUUCAUCCGGCGGCGGGGCACUCAUGGCCUCGUCAGCCUCGUCAGCCUCGCCUCAGGGCCCUGGGGGCUCAUCGGGUGGGGGUUCACAGGCCGAUUUCGAGUCGUUCUAUCAUGGCGUGUGUUCCGAGCUCCAGAAUAAGGGCGAGGUCCAUUCCAUGAGCAAAUCCUUUGCUCUCUUGGGAUCAGAUGAGGAUCGGAUCCGGUUUUUGUUAGACAAGAACUUUGCCGGCACGCAUCUGAAAUUGGGCGGCACCGGGGGUGGAGGAGCCAGUAGUAAUGGGGGCGGGUCGUCGAGCUCGGCUUGGUGGCGGGAGUUCAAUUUCCGGCACAAGGAUCGGGCAGAAUCUCAGCGUUUGCGCAACUUGGGCAAUCAAGUGUACCAGAAGAAUAAACUGACCGAAGCCUUGGAGUACUAUACGCAAAGUGUGUGCUCCGCCCCUCAUCCACCCCCGCCCAAUUCGUUCCUGCUCCCUGGUACGGAGCCCGAGGAGAGCUUUCCGCAUGAAGAAUUGGCCUUGGGCUAUGCCAAUCGAUCGGCCGUGUUGUUCCAGAUGAAAGAGUACGACUUGUGCAUCCGCGAUAUCACCCGCGCCUUUGACAAUAGUUACCCCAAUAAUUUGAUGUACAAACUGUUUGAGCGAAAGGCUCGUUGCUCCAAGGCCUUGAAAGACUUUCCCCGAGCCUUGGAGAGUAUGAAGAGUGCCGAGAUGUGGAUGAAACACUCGACCUUGUCUGAGACCAAGAGCUCGAGCUUCAAGAAAGAAAUCAGUAAACAAGUGGAAUUCUUGGAAGACAAAGUGGCGCAAAUGAAGAUCUCCGACUUCACCGAGACGGCUGAGAAUCGCAAAGUCGUCACGGCUCCGCCCACAGUCUUGGAGCCGCCCAAGUUCUCGGCCGACGAGAGUAAAGAGUUGCCCGGAGCGCGGAAAGAGCUUCAGCUUGUCUACACCGAGGACAAAGGGCGUCAUGUCGUGGCGGCUGAAGACAUCAGUCCAGGAGAAAUCCUCAUCGUCGAGAAUCCAUAUUCUUCCAUCCUUUUGCCUGAAUAUUACUCAACCCAUUGUCAAACAUGCUUCCAUAGAACGAUUGCUCCCAUACCCUGCUGGUGCUGUGCAACUGUGCGAUUUUGCUGUGAUGAAUGCCGAACCGAGGCUUGGGAGCGGUUUCAUAAAGUGGAAUGCCAACAGUUGAAUCUCAUUCUCAACUCGGCCGUCGGGAAAAAUGCCAUGCUAGCCUUCCGAAUCCUGACUUCGUCAGGCAAGAUCUAUUUGGAAUAUGUCAUCAACAAGGUUCACGAAGAGAAUGAGAGUCGUAAAAAGUCUAAAGAUGGCGGAGAACGCGCCUUGGGCUUCAACGAGGACUUGAUCUACGAUCCGGCGGAUUACCGAACCAUUUUCUCUUUGAUUGCCAACACCAAACAUCGCGGGGUGGGCGAUCUGUUCAAGCGAUCACUCAUGGCCGUGUACCUUCUCAAGGUAUUGGAGAUGACGCCUUUCUUCUACAACGGAGGGUCCGAUCCCCGAAACGUCAAGUUACAGGACAAGGUCGGCAUGGGAGCGGUCAUUCUGAAGCAUCUCCAGAAUCUGCCGUGCAACGCCCACGAAAUAUCCGAAAUGGAGCUCACAGGCGGUAGUAAUGCCCGAGACUCGACCGUUCACGAGAUCGGCGCCGCCAGCUACGGGAUUCUGAGUCUUUUGAAUCACUCCUGUGAUCCCAAUGUGGUGCGCCACUACUACAGCAACAAUGCCGUAGUACGAGCCAUCCGAACCAUUCGGAAAGGUGAAGAGCUCUUGGACAACUACGGCUACCAUUAUGCCGUGAUGCCCAAGGAGGAGCGACAGAGGAAGCUGCACAAUCAAUACUACUUCCAUUGCGCUUGCUUUGCAUGCUCUCAAAAUUGGCCCGUGUACACUAGUCUGAAUGUGAGCCCCGCUCCUCUGCCGACGUUGAGCCCGUCCGAGCAGAAAACGGCCAUUCAAGAGCUCCAAAAGUCAUCCAAGCUCUACAAGAAGUCCUUUGAGAAUGUGCUUCAAGGGAACUUCCAGGACGCGUUGCCCAUUCUAUUGGAACACUUGCGGUUCUUGGAUCAGUUCAUCGCCCGACCCUUUCGAGAAUACAACGAUUGCCAGGAGGCCAUCAAACAGUGCUAUAGCGCCACGGCCAAUUGCUAUAGGACGAAGGCAUCGGGUAAUAGUGGCAAUAAGAAGGAAAAAGAUGCCAUAGUAUAGAGAAGAAGGAGAACAGUCCCUGAAUUGGGGCCCUCGGACAAGUGCUCGGAGUCCUCGGAGCGAGCCAGAUUGGGGUUGGAAAUUUUGAUCUGGAUCUGAUUGUUGACUGCCAUUUGGCAACUGAUUUUUUUUUGUCCAAGACAAUCCUCAAAUCAACACAGUAAUAAGAAAAUAACGGUAAAUAAUAAGGAUAAUACCAGGGUGAGUGACAAGAACACUCACUUUCAUUGCCACAGUACUAAUCUAGUGUCGAAAAAGUACUCUCCUCGGAUAAGGUGAGAAUCCACACAAUCAGCAGCAUAAAAAUUACACACCUAUAAGAAAGCGAUAUUGUAAUUUAUCCUCCCUCAAUUUUAUAAAUACAUCCUGUCUAUCUCCGACGAACCUUGUUAGGAAUAAAUUUGAUUGUUUUGUGCCAUAUUAA